UUUGGAAAAUAAGCAAACAAUGGAAGUUAUUGCUUGCAAUAGACACGUUGUCGGCUUUAGUCUGUUCCUCUUCCUCUUCUUCCUCAUGUGGUGCACACUUUUUAACGCUAAUGCUCAACCAGGAUUUUUGAGUAUCGAUAGUGGUGGUGAAGCAAAUUACACUGAUCUGAACACCACUAUUACAUGGGUUACUGAUGACGACUUCAUCCAAAACCUUGGCGAGAAAGCAGAAUCAUACUACAAGGACUAUUAUGAUUUAGAUUUACAUUUGGGAAGUCUCCGAGUGUUUCCCAAGCCUCUUAAUAAGUCUUGCUAUACAUUGCCCCUCACCCCGAACGUGCCCCACCUUUUGAGACUAUGGUUUGUCGAUGCUAAUCUCUGCAGUGUUCAAUUACUCUGUCGAGACCCUCGAUAUGUUAUACAUGGACAACGUGGUACUUUACUAUUGCCUGGCAUGUGCCACAGAGACCAUUUUGGUGAGUGCAGAUAGUUUGGUGCAUAUUUGCUUGAUCCGAACCUCAGAGUGCGAUGAUCCAGUUAUCUCCGCUAUCGAGUUGAGACUUCUUAAGCCAGGCAUGUAUGAUAUGGCUAAAUCAGGAACCAUCUUGAGUUUGACAGAAAGAGAUGAUAUGAGAGGUGGCGACAAUAUAACCAGAUAUCCUCAAGACCAAUUCGAUCGUUUGUGGUAUCCUUGGUGGCCUGAGGGAACUAAUUUGGUGAAUAUUUCAGAGUCAAUUUCAGUAAGCAACACCAAAAAUAUUCCUCCACUUGAUGUAAUGCAGACGGCCGUCGUCAGCAAGACGAGCCACUCUGGUGGCGUCUAUUUGAGUCUCGAAGAAUCCAAGACGACUGGAAAAGCCGUGGUGAUAUUGUAUUUUGCAAAGCUUAAUUCAUCGGAAGGCAGUUCAAUCUCAGUUGGAAUUAAUAACGUCAUCCGGAACCCACCGAUUAAGCUGGUGGAAGAUUUUUCGGCCACAGAGGUAGCCUUCCAAUAUAAUCCCGACAAUCGUGCAAGGAGAGGUGCAAUCAUGAGCCUACAAUCCAAUAUCCUUAGUCAAACUCCUAUAAUCAAUGCCCAUGAGACGUACAGUCUCGUUUUCACCCACCCUGCAACUUCUGCGAAUGACGGUCGGGAUCUUAUUUCCUUCUUUUUUUCAUUCCUUUUUUAAAUAUUGAACUAUACCUCUUAUGAGAAUUUCCUAUUGGCGAAGCUGCAGUAAAUGCUCUUAGAGAGGUGGGGAAAGCGUUAUCUCUCAAAAACUGGAUUUCAGAUCCUUUCUUUGGUUUAUUUUGGCAAGGAAUUAUCUGUAAAAACGUCUCGAAAACUAUAAGGAUUUCCAAAAUACACUUGUCGGGAAGGCAUCUGCGAGGACCCAUACCUUCAAGUUUUAGAGAGUUGGAUGAACUCGUUUCAAUGUCCCUUGACAACAACUAUUUUGAUGGAACAUUGCCCAAUUUGAGUAGUCUCUUGAAGCUAGAGAUUUU